CCGCAGUUAGACCGAGUCCGCUCGCGCAUUCGCAUUAAUUUUACACCCGCGGUUUCUGCCAAUAUAUCACAAUUUUUUUUUCUCCAAAUCUCACCAUACCCGUGCGAGAAACGCUUAAAGAUACUUUAACGAUUGCGUAUAUGCGGAUCAUUCGAUAAGAAAAUAUGUCGAGUCUCAUCGUGUCCCGGUCUAAAUUCUCAUUUUCCUGAGAUCGUAAAAUCAUCGCGUGACGAAGAUAUUAAAUUUGACAAAAGUCAAAGACGAAGUCGAUCGACCGACGGCUUUAACAGUGGGCUUAAUUUUUCAGUCGUGUAGUAAGAUCAACGCUAGGAGAGCGACAGGCAAAUUUCUUUUUACGUAAGAAUACCUCGGAGCCGUGCAAAGCCCGUUGAAACCUGUGUCACGUUUCGUAACGCGAAUUUACAAAUUUGAAAAAAUAAAUAAUUUUUGAAAAAAAAAACCUUCAUAAUUAAAUAUUUUUACACGUGAAAUAGGCGUAAAUAUAUUUUUAAAAAUCAUCGAUAAACGAGUGAUAACGUCAAGGCGCCAAUCACGAUCGUGCCUCGAUGAUCGUUUUUGAAGGUUAAACAAUCUUCACGAUAUGAAUCUCGUUGGACUUCUAAUUUAUCAAAUUUUUUGAAUAUACAUCAUCGUAGUGCCGCCAUCAGUGUCCUCGCGUCCAUUGGAUAUAAUGCUGUUUGAACUAAAAAAAAAAAAACACUUUCGAACCUGUUUCCAUCCUGUGAUAUUCGUGACCCGAGCGAUCCCCUCUUUCAACGAUCUCCUUUUAAUUUUCUAAAAUCGUAUUCCAGUCCGUCGACAUAUCCUCUAGUUUUUCCGACUUUCAAUUUCCUCGUCGCGACGAGAAAGUUCCGAGCGACAAACGUCGCUUACGGCAAGUAAGCUCUUUAUGAAGAGAGUCAACGUGGAAUAAAUACCAAUCGUUCCCACUAGGAUAUUUCACUAACGGGAUACGAGGAGACUGCGGGAAAUCGGUAUCGACUUUAUAACGGGUGAUCAUAGAGUCCUUUGAUAUUUUUGGAUCACUCGAAUCGAUCGGUAAAAAAAUUGACAGAUCAAAGGAGUUGACGAUCGAUCUUCAAUAACAUCGAUUGAUUUUUGUCUCCGAUUAUCCAAUUAUAACUGUGUGUGAUAUACAUCGUUAAUGAUUACUUCGUCACCAAGAGGAAUCCGUGGAUCUUGGUCAGUGCAAUGAUGGAAACAUGAGGCCCGGAGAGGAUCGUGUAUCCGAUCAGCAUCACUCUACGCCGACCAUCCAUAAAUGACCGAUGUGGCGCGGCCUAUCAGGAAUAUUCCCACGCAAAAUGAUUCGCGCCCUUGUCCUUCUGUGCACGGCCAUUCUACCUUUCGCACAAUGUCACAAGAUUCACGAACACAUGACAACAGCCGAGAUGCUGUCGGUCUUCCAGACGGAAGGACACGAGUCUGUACCGUCAUACGAGGUGGUACCGGUGUUGCACACGCUGCACAGAAGAAGUCCAGAAAUAAAGCAGGAAGUGCAUCUCAAGGCGUUCGGGAAGGAUAUUAAUUUAUACCUUCAGCCGACUGACGGGCUGUUCUCCAGGAAACAAUUACCAAUGUGGACAGUAACCAGGAACGCGUCCCUUCCCGAUGGCCUGCAUUACGACGACGUGCCGGAAGCCAGCAUCGCAGACGUGGGUGAUAUCUAUCAAGACGCCAGCAGCAUGGCGUCCAUUCUGCUACACCAGGACGCGAAUGGGAAAGUACUUGUUGAAGGUAACAUCGGUUCGGAAUUGGUGAUACGUCCAUUGCCAGAACGUGUGAUAAACGAAGUUGUUAGCAAAGCUGAGGGUCUUCAUGAAGCCCACUUGCUGCCCAACGUCACGAGGAGUAAAAGAAGCCUGAAGCACACGAAUCAUCACGUAGUCUUCAGGAGAUCUACUCGUCCCGUUGACGAUGAGUACAGCGACUUCACGUUCAUGGAACCGGAUCACCUAGCCAAAAGGUUCCGAUCGAAGCGAUCGAUCAGCACCAGAUCAAAACGCGAAGCGCCAUACGUGAUUUACCCGGAAAUCCUAUGUAUUGUAGAUUAUGAUGGAUACAGAUUGCACGGUGGUGACAAUGUACAGAUUAAAAGGUACUUCGUGUCCUUUUGGAACGGCGUGGACCUGAGGUAUAAAUUAUUGAAAGGUCCGAAAAUACGUAUCAGCAUCGCGGGAAUAAUUAUUUCACGGGGAAGGGAUGCCACCCCUUAUCUGGAGAGAAACCGUGUGGGACGAGAUGCUAUAGACUCGGCAGCUGCGCUGACCGAUAUGGGAAAGUAUCUCUUCCGGGAGAGGAGACUUCCGGUCUACGACAUUGCUGUUGCCGUCACAAAGUAUGAUAUGUGCCGUCGUAGGAAAGGCGGCCGCUGCACAAAGGGAACUGCCGGAUUCGCGUACGUCGGAGGAGCAUGCGUCGUGAAUAAGCGAUUGGAAAAGGUCAAUUCAGUCGCUAUAAUCGAAGACACUGGUGGUUUCAGCGGGAUCAUCGUAGCGGCUCACGAAGUUGGACACUUAUUGGGCGCAGUACACGAUGGAUCACCACCUCCCAGUUACCUUGGAGGACCCGGCGCGGAAAAGUGUCGCUGGGAAGACGGUUACAUAAUGAGCGACCUCAGACAUACCGAAAAGGGAUUCAAAUGGUCGCAUUGCAGCGUGUCAUCCUUUCAUCAUUUCUUAAACGGUGAUACGGCGACUUGUCUUUACAAUGCGCCGCACGAGGACGAGGCGUUGCCUAGAGUCUUACCAGGAAAAUUAUUGUCCUUGGACGCGCAAUGCCGUAAGGAUCGCGGUACAAGCGCCUGUUUCAAAGAUGAUCGCGUAUGUGCUCAGCUGUUCUGCUUCGAUGCAGGAUCCGGAUAUUGCGUUGCAUAUAGACCAGCUGCUGAAGGCUCCCCGUGUGGAGAUGGACAGUAUUGUCUAAAUGGAAAAUGCGUGGCGGAGCACGAGAAUAUUAUCCCGGAUUACACUCAAAACGUACCGACUUAUGUACGCCGGGAAAAUGUCUACAAUUCCGGGGCGCAAAAUCGUCCAAUUUAUGCGCAAUACAACAAUACAGAACACAGGUAUCCAUGGGAAGCAACAACGUACAGCACCUCACUGACAAACUUUAAGGUCUCGUCGCAAUAUCCCAAUUUUUUUACCUCGACGUCGACAAACGACAAUCCCUAUAAACGUCUCCCGCCUUUCUCAACGACUCUGCGAGUUAACGCCCUGGCGUAUAACACGCAGGUUACACCGAUAACGGGGCACACGUCUAACGUCCUGGACAACUCUAUUAACUAUAGAGAGUAUAGUGGCUACGAUAAUAACGGUCACGUUAGCACUGAAACCAAUCCAACUAAUAAGAGGGGCAGUAGUUAUUCGAAUUACUAUAACCUCUACUCGACGACGAAUUCCCCGUUGAAAAUUGGUUACUCACAGAACGACGUAAACUAUCCAAAAGUAACACCGUUCAAAUAUAAAGUUCCCAUAACAGUGACGUCACUAGCGACAACGAGCGACGGAGAUCAAAAUGGCCGUCAAAGUUAUGGUCAUGAAACAGGGGACGGUGAAUGCACGGACGUGGGAUCGGAUUGCGCGGAGCUAAUAAACAGGCUAAGAACGUGGCUGUGCCAUUUACAAUCUGUGAAAAAUCGCUGCUGCGCGUCCCUCAAAGCACUUUGCGCCACCUAAAUGGGAUGAUUGGCGCGCAAAGGGCUUGAAAUAUUUAAAAAAAAACUCAAGGACUAAGUUCAUUUUUUUUACUAAACUCGUCAAUAUCGUCUCGCGCAGACUAAUAACGAAUGGACUUAGAUGCUUGACGGAGAUUCGAACGCUGCACUUCCCAUGAGCCUCUCGAGGCUCUUUAUAUGCUCUUGACAGGCGAGCCGCGGCUUUCAAAAUGAAAUUUUACUCGUUGCUAGAGAUUAUGAAUAAUUUGAGUAAAUACGAGUAACGUGACAAUUGUAAUCCGUCGUCGUGGGGAUGCGGAUACGCUGGGCAGCCAUUCAAGAGUAAAUAGUACCAUCCGUCCAGCUUCUUUUAUACGAGAUAUUUAUUCAGUAAAAAAACGUUGUUACCACAGGACAGAGUGAUAUAAUAUUGUUUUACUGUCGUCGUGGGACUCGACAGGCUGCGAAGAUUGGAGCUUAUGCGAAAUAGCGUUUAACAAAAUCUCCAUGUAACGUAUAAGGAAACUUAAUGUAUGUAUCAUGAACAAAUAUGAGAUACAAAAUUGUCACCGAACGUACAACGUAUCUAGAUGUAGUCUCGGAAUCUUGUUUGACGAGAUGAAAUACCUAAUUGGACUUUUUAUUCAGCGGCGAGGAUCUCCGCGAAUACAAUCAGAGGGUACCUCGUAUUUUGAAGUAUGAUUAUAUUACCUAUAGACGAACGGUUACCCUAUAUUGACUUUGAUGCUUGAGAAACUUUGAAAAUCACAUCAUAUUCUGACCAUGUGAUUUUUAUGGUUUCGAGAAGUAUCUCUACGCUUCUUACAGCAUACGUACGAAUGAAAAUGUAUACAAUGAAGUUGUUGAAAAUUAAACUUAUGUGAUGAUUAGUACAGUUGCAUUAUACUGUGCAAUGUAUUGCUAUCUAGUGCAUGCGAUACUUCGUUCGGUCUUUAGUAUAAUAAGACAUUCUGACUUUAAAACAAGAUCAAGGAAUCAACACAAAACAUGUUAAUACAAGUAGCUUUCCCAGUGACUCAGAGUAAACUAUAUCACACCACAUAUACAUUACAAUUUAUUUUUUUAAUCACAGUAUGUUUUCCUCCGGAAGACAAAUAAUUCAUAAAUCAUAAUAUUGUUCCAAAUUUGUUGACUACUAGCAAAAUUAUGACAGUAAGGAUUUAUUAUCACGCACAAUGUUAAAAGUCGUAUUGAAUUAAUAUGUUUUGCCUAAAACAAUAAGUAGCAAGCUAAAUAAGAAUAUACAUUCCCAUUAUAAGAAUGAUAUUUCAGGUCAUAAACUGUUUUACUAAACAUGCAAGAGCCAACAAGGUUUGUCUAAUCGUUGUCAUUUUAACUUUGAAUUUCCUUAGCGUCAAAUAAGUCUUGGGUGAUGUCUAGAUUAAUUUUAAAAAAAUCUCAAAUCUUAAUUCAUACCUUUCAAACAUUCAACCAUACCAUAACAGAAAGGUUUUUCAACCAUGAGACAAUCUAACCAGAUGUGAAGACUGUAUCCUAUGUAAUUUGAAGUGUUCAAUGUCACUGAAUGGAAAAACGCAUAAGAAUUACUUAUAAAUGUAAAGGAAACUAAAUAUUUUCUUAGCAACGUACUGUAAUUAAAUACACCAUAAGUAAAUAGGUAGUGAUGUAAAAACAAGAUGAAUAAAAUUGCAUAAUGUCUUACAAAUGUACGGUAAAUGAAAUAAACAACUGAAAUUAA